AUGACUUCCUCUUCUGUUGUUGAUAAACCUCCAGUAAGACGGGUUGCUAUCUUCGGGGGGACUCAUGGCAAUGAGUUAUCAGGGGUAUUUUUGGUCAAGCACUGGCAAGAGAAUGGAGCUGAAAUUCAAAGAACAGGAAUGGAAGUGAAACCAUUUCUUACCAACCCAAGAGCUGUGAAGAAGUGUACUAGAUACAUUGACUGUGAUCUGAACCGUGUUUUUGACCCUGAUAAUCUUGGCAGGACAGUGGUGGAAGAUAUUCCAUAUGAAGUGAGAAGGGCUCAGGAAAUCAAUCAUAUAUUUGGCCCAAAAGGUAGUGAUGAUGCGUAUGACCUUAUUUUUGACCUUCACAACACCACUUCUAACAUGGGUGGUACCCUUAUUCUUGAAAACUCCAGGGAUGACUUUACAAUUCAAAUGUUUCAUUAUAUCAAGAACGCUUUGGCUCCAGAAUGCUGUCCUGUUUUGCUGAUUGAACAUCCUAGCUUGAAAUAUGCAACAACUCGAUCUGUAGCAAAACAUCCUGUUGGUGUGGAGGUGGGUCCCCAGCCACAAGGUGUUGUUAGAGCUGAUACUUUGGACAAAAUGAGGAAGAUUGUCAAACAUGGCCUUGAUUUUGUGCAACUUUUUAAUGAAGGAAAGGAAUUUCCACCGUGUACAAUUGAGGUUUUUAAAAUAAUGGAGAGAGUAGAUUAUCCCAGGAAUAAGAAUGAUGAAGUUAUUGCUAUUAUUCACCCUAAACUGCAGGAUCAGGACUGGCAGCCACUGAACAAUGGUGAUCCUCUGUUUUUGACUCUUGAUGGAGAAGUAAUCGCAUAUAAAGGGGACUGUACAGUCUAUCCAACUUUUAUUAAUGAAGCUGCAUAUUAUGAAAAGAAACAAGCUUUUGUAAAAACAGUAAAAAUGAAGCUCACUGCAAAACAUAUCAGAUCCUCAGUCUGAGACCAGAACAGUUCUUAAAAGCUUAUUACAGAUUUUCCAUACAAAAAGUGGAUUUCUUCUCUGUGAAUCCAGCGUCAUUCAGUAGUAGUUCA